CCCAAACCCUCGACGCGUCGUCUCUCCAUUCUCCUGCGCCGCCGUCGCUUUUCUUCCUGCUCACCUCUCCGCCGCUACGCAGCAGGAGUGAGAUCGGCUUCCCUCUUCUCGAGAGCCUGCAGGUUAGCGAAGGAUGGUGAGAGUUAGCGUCUUGAACGAUGCCCUCAAGAGCAUGUAUAAUGCUGAGAAGCGUGGGAAGAGGCAAGUGAUGAUCAGGCCUUCUUCAAAGGUGAUCAUAAAGUUCCUUUUGGUGAUGCAGAAGCACGGGUAUAUUGGUGAGUUUGAGUAUGUUGAUGACCAUCGUGCUGGGAAGAUUGUUGUUGAGUUGAAUGGCAGGCUGAACAAGUGUGGAGUAAUCAGUCCUCGCUUUGAUGUUGGCGUCAAGGAAAUUGAAGGGUGGACUGCUAGGCUGCUUCCAUCCCGUCAGUGCAGUUUGGUUACAUUGUCUUGACAACCUCUGCUGGCAUCAUGGAUCAUGAAGAGGCCAGAAGGAAGAAUGUUGGUGGCAAGGUUCUAGGGUUUUUCUACUAGAUGGAAGUUUAAUGGAAGGAUUUUGCAUCAGUAUAGUAGGACGUUUGUCCUUGACAUCAGACACAUCAGUGUAGUAGGAUGCCCUUGUGUUCUCUUUGGAAUGAUAUUUACGCCUUUUGACUUGUAUUGUAUUGCUGCAGUUCCGAACGAGUCAGUUUGCACAAAUGCAAUUGCUUUGGGUCAUA